AUGGCAGAAAAUCAUAAAGUCGGCUCCAAGAAAAAAUUGCCCAUAUCUGCAGCUGCUGACGAGUCUACAUCUGCGACCAACAAAAAGGAUGGUACUGAGAAUGAGAAUAAAAAGCAGAAUGAGUCUGCGCCUCGCGUUGAAGACGCAAGGGAGGCGGUUGAGGCUCCCACAGCAGACGAGUAUCCUCACGGUCUAAGUCUAUUCUUUAUUGUGGUGGCCAUCAUGCUCGCCACAUUCAUUAUAUCUCUUGAUCAAGUGAGCAGCCUCUACUCUACCCCGAAUAAUCUAUCUAUACACACUCUAACUUGCCAGACAAUUGUCGGUACAGCAAUCCCGAAAAUCACUGACCAAUUCCAUGGCCUCGACAAAGUAUCUUGGUACGGCUCAGCAUACUUCAUGACUUUCGGUGGCUUCCAGACCCCGUUGGGCAAAGCAUACAGGUACUUUAAUCUGAAGACGACAUUCCUCAUUUCACUUUAUAUUUUCGAAAUUGGCAGCCUCAUAUGCGGCGUGGCGCCAAAUUCCAACGCUUUGAUUGCCGGACGAGCGAUUGCUGGCCUGGGUGGUGCAGGUAUGGCGACGGGUGGUUUCACAAUUAUCGCUUUCUCUUCCGAACCCAGGAGACGGCCUCUAUUUACGGGCUUGGUCGGAUCUGCCUAUGGUUUGUCUGCUGUAGCUGGUCCGCUCAUUGGCGGUGCUUUUUCAGACAAAGUUUCCUGGAGGUGGUGCUUCUACAUCAAUCUGCCGGUUGGAGGUCUUGCAGCCGCGAUCAUUUUGAUCUUCUUCCACACCCCGAAUGGGGCCAAGCCGGUAAAGGCGUCAUUGAAAGAGAAGGUUCUAAAUAUGGAUCUUGUUGGCGUAACUUUGCUCAUGUGCCUUAUCAUCUGUUUCAUCCUAGCCCUCCAGUACGGAGGACAAACAAAAGCAUGGAACUCAAGUGAUGUAAUCGGUCUACUCAUCGGCUUUGUCGCCAUUCUCAUCGCCUUGGUUAUUUGGGAGUAUCGCCAGGGUGAGCGUGCCAUGCUUGUGGGGCGCUUGCUCAAGAGACGUUCUCUCUGGGCUCCUUCAACAUACAUGUUCUUCUUUGCUGGCUCUUAUUUCAUCCUCCUCUACUAUCUCCCAACCUACUUCCAAAGCAUCGACGAUACCAGCCCUGUCGGGUCAGGAGUGCGGAACUUGCCUAUGGUAGUCACAUUCAGUAUUGCAGCUAUCGUUGCAGGCGCGUUCGUUGAAAGAACGGGUAUUGCAACGCCAGUUAUGCUUGUGGGUGCUGCUAUCGCAACUGUUGGAACCGGCUUAAUCUACACAUGGGACAUCGGCACUCCAACAGGAAAGUGGAUCGGUUAUCAGAUUCUCGCCGCCUUCGGGUUUAUUAUUCCAUGGCUAAUCCCUAUGAACAUUGCCCAAGCAAAUGCCAAACCCCAAGAUAUGUCAACUGUGACAGCUUACAUUUUUCUGUCCCAAACUCUCGGGGGAGCUUUCAGCGUCUCAGCCGCACAGUCAGCCUUCGUCAACACGAUGCUCAAAAAAUUAGCAACGACGGCCCCAGAUAUCAAUCCUAUGGAAGUGAUCGCAACAGGAGCAACACAGAUUCGCACAGCGUUUCCCGAUGACAUAAACGGUAUUGUCCUUGCAUAUAUGGAGGGCCUCAAAGCAACUUUCGCAAUUUCAGUCGGAAUGGUUGGAUUUGCGUGUUUGAUGAGCUUUUUCACUCCCUGGAUGAGACUGCAUGGCUCGACGGGGGCCGCUGGUUUUGCUUGA